AUGAUUGAAGGACCCGACUUAUCGCUUCGCAUGUUCAACCACGCCCAAGCUUUCGGAGCUCUUUACAAGUACGGCAAAGUUAUGCGCGUUGACUCAGAGGGACCCCAACGCCAAGUGGUGACUUUGUCUGACCAAAGCAGUCUGAGCGCUAAGGCCGUGAUCAUUGCCACCGGGAUGAACGAGCGCAUUCCGACUAGCAUCGUCGGAAUUACCGAGUUUGAAAACCGCGGCGUUUCGUACUGCGCCAUUUGCGACGGGCCGCUUUUUAAAGGCCAGCCGAUGGCUGUGAUUGGCGGCGGCAAUUCGGCUUUGGAAGAGGCGGUUUACUUAACUUCGGUUGCCAGCCACGUUUACGUUUUCGUGCGCCAGCCAUCGGAACUAAUCGCCGAGAAAAAACUCGUUCAAGACGCGACCCAUAAAAAGAACUUGACGAUUUUUACGUCCGGUGAAAUUAAACGUUUGAUCGGCAAAGAUCAACUUGAAUCGAUUGAAGCGACUGUUGAUGGGCAAGAUGUCAAAAUGAACAUUAGCGCCGUUUUUCCCUACAUCGGUCACAUACCCAAUAGUCGUCUCGUGGCGCACCUUAAUUUGAGCGAUUCGGCGGGUUUUAUCGAAACUGACCACUACAUGGAAACCAAAGUGCCCGGUGUUUACGCGGUUGGCGACGUGCGCGCCAAAGAAGUUCGGCAAAUCGCGACUGCCGUAGCUGACGGAGUAAUCGUGGGCAAAAUUUUAGCCAACCGAAUUUAA